AUGAAGAGCGAGAAACAACAAUGCAAGUACUACAACGCCCCUGAAAUUGAGACCAUGACAAAGAACAACCGCCUUCCGAAGGUUAGCCAUGUCGCUAACAUCCUUGAGGGCGACGAUGAAGCUAACCAAAUCUGGAAUGACAUUAAGAACUCGGGUAUCAUUCCCAAGGGCAUCAAUCCAAAGGCAGACACCUCAGGCGGCGAACAUCAGGGUACAGAUGCUGACGCUUCGAACUACAAUGUUGAAAAAGACCCUGACUGUUGGUGGACUGCUUCAGGAUGUGUGAACCCCAAGCACGACAACAUCCCAUCGGAUUUGGACACUUGCCCGGAACCUAACACCUACGGUUUGACUUUUGACGACGGUCCGAACUGCACUCAUAAUGCUCUCUAUGAUUUCAUGAAGGAAAAGAAGCUCAAGGCGACCAUGUUCUAUAUCGGUACCUAUGUGGCUACCUGGCCCUACCAGGCUCAGCGUGGCAUUGCUGAUGGCCACGACGUUUGCAUUCAUACUUGGGCCCACCGCUACAUGACGACAUUGUCGGAUGAACAAGUGUUUGCCGAACUGUUCUACACUGCCCGUGCUAUCAAGGCUGUUUCGGGUGUGACACCUACCUGCUGGCGUCCUCCGUUCGGUGAUGUGGAUGACCGUGUUCGUGCCAUUGCUACUGGCCUUGGUCUGCGCACUAUUCUGUGGAAGGAGGAUACUGAUGACUGGAACAUUCAGCCUUACGGUACUUCGACGCCGCAGAAGAUUGAGGACAACUACAACAAGAUUAUUGCCAAGGGUGGUAAGGAGAGUCCCAUUGUUUUGGCCCAUGAGCUUUACAAUGAGACUAUGAACAUGUUCAUGAAGAAGCAGCCAGAGAUUUCGGCCGCUUAUAAGAAUGUGGUCCCAAUUUCGGCCUGCUACAACAUCACAAAGCCCUACGUUGAGAAUGGCAUGACAUUCCCUACCUUCAGCCAAUUCAUUACAGGCCAAGGCGUCCAGGGCUUGCCUGAUGGUAACUCUAUGAAGAUUGACGCAAAUGUGAAGAUGAACAUGACGCCAAUCUCUAAGGCUUCGGGUGGCUUUGGUAAACCUCAGCAGGACACUCAGCAGAGUACCAAUGGCUCUAGUAAUGCCGCAAACUCUAGCACCCAGAAUGGCCAGAGCGCUGCCGCAGCAGGUGCCAGUUCAAAUGCUGCCGGUAGCGGUAAUGGUUCGAGCAACCCGGCUGACUCGGGCAACAACCAAGCUGCCGCUACCAACAGCCCUAACGUGAAGAACGCGAACAGCAACUCAGCCUCUACCACUGUUAUGAGCACUGGCGCUGUCCUGAUGGCUGGCCUUGCCUCUGCUCUUACUCUCUUGUAG